UGUUUUUGUUUUCCCUCCCUUGCUCCCUCUCGAACCUCACGGCAGCAAAACCCGAAGAAACCCUCCGACGCCUUCCUCUCCAGCGAUCCGAAGCUUUCUUCGCGACGAAGAUGGCUCGCCCUCCUCCCGCCGGUGCCAUAUCGUCGCGUUGGCGCCCCAUCAUCCUAUCUGGCCUGUGGCGUUCCAGACAGAAGAAAGGUCGGGCCUUCAGCUACAUGAGGAAUCUAAUUGCAGUUCUUCAUGCCAUGGAACCACAAGUGUUGGAGGAUCCCCACUUCCUGGAGAGAUGCCUGAUUCUCGACGGCGUCCCAGCCAGUGUCAGUUCGUUGGACUUGUUUCAGAGUAUCGUGGGUGUGCAGACGGCCGUUUUGGUGCGAGACAUCCAGACUGGCUUCAGGGUUGCUCUCCUCGUCUUCGAUGCCCUUGACAGUACGAUCCAGACACCGCGGGAAGGCCUCUUUGCCACCUGCACUCCGGCUACUUGGCACGGCAAGGAGGUCUCAGUACGCACGUCCAUCCUAGACGGCGUUGCAGAAGGUUCCGCGAGAAGAUGCACGGCACUGGUGCUUCGGUCGCUUGUACCGCCACAGUACAUCCUUGCUGACCAAGACCGGGACUUCCACCUGAGAUGCAUUCUCAUCGGAGCUCGCAGUGGAAGCACAAUCAGCCAAGGAGCCCACGGAUUGUGUGACAUGGCCUGGAAAGUACUAUUUGUUCGGGCCUACGUGGUUGCCGCAAUCGUCCGCAGUGACCGAGAAGCUGGCGUCCUCGUGUACGACGACACCGAGAGCACAGAGCUGGUGGCCCGGAGGGCGCCUCCGUUGAUGUACAAGUUGGGGCUGAAGCUGUACGAUUCGUCCCUGUUUCCGAUGCGUGCUGAUCCUACAGAUCGAGAUGCCUGCAUGCUCCGGCGGCUGCUGCCACCGUGUGUCGCAGAUGGCGAGGAGAGUUACCGGCAUCGCGUGUUGCUGUUGGUUGGGAUGGAUACUCAGAAGCUCGACGCUGCAGAGCUUGCACACUUCCUGCAGUUUGAAGCGGAUCUCGUCCACGCCGCCGAGGCAGUGAUCAUCCACCGGUCAGAGGGACUUGUUGUCGUGGUGCUGGGAAGCUCGGAGGACACGACGCGUCUGCGGCAGACGCCUGAGGAGACAUGGAUACGGUUCUUUGGACAGAAACCCAGCUGUGCCAAUGUCUAUGGAUUUGGAGGACCAGAUAUCUCAUCUGAGCAGAAGAAGAAGGAGCAGCAGCACCAGCCUGUGAUGACGAUGGGGGACACUGCAGCAUUUCAGCAGGUGCGGGAACUCAGGGAAGGUGACAGUGACACUAUCGCGCUCGUCCACUGUCUCAUCAGGUUUUGUGCUUUGGCAACCCCUGAAUGUGUUCUCAGAAGUGGCUUCCCGGAGAGAUGUUUGCUUCUAUCAGGUGUUGUCCAUGGCACUACAUUAUUUGAUCUCUCGGCUAGGCUUUCUGCCUUUGGUGACCAUCAUGUGUCACUACACGAUCUGGAGCGGAAGGCGUUGGUCGUCUUCGUGUGUUGGGAUGGUGCAGCCAGGCUGUUAAGGGAGCCGCAGGAUACCUGGAAAGGUUUGGGGUUCCUCGAGUGCACCCGGGUGCCUGGUGCUGCUGAGCACGCUGGGGUCAUCGUCCAAGAGGUCAUGGACCAGUUGCUGCAGUAACAUGCACACUUGAGCUGAACAUCUUUUGAUAGGUAACGCGUGCUGCGUGUAUGUGCGUACUGUAGUGUAUGUACACUUCAUCUGGUUUUCUGUCCCUAACAACACGACAGCAUUCUGUGAUUGAGAAACUAAAAUAGGUAUUAGAAUAUACAAGGAAAAUUGCUUCUUCAAUUUU